AUGUCUCAAGAUUUCCCACGUCAUCCGUUUGGCAUCGGCAAAAGUGAAAACCUUCUGUUCAUAUGGAAGCCUGAUCAUUUCUUAUUUUCUUUCCUCUUCUUUUUAACUUUCCUUUUUUCGUCUUUUUCUCGUUCUCAUUCAUUUUAUCUUUCAUCUUUCUAUUUCUUCUCUCUUUUAUUCUUUAAAACUUACAUUUUAUUUAUUAUACCUUUUAAUUCAUUUUAUUUCAUAUUUUAUUCCAUUCAUUCUUUUAUCUUUUCUUUUUUUUUUCAUUUAAUCCUUCUCUUCAUUUCAUUUAUUUCCUCCUCUUUUUUCUUUUUCUUUUUUUCUUUUAUUACUCAUGUCUUUUCACCUGCUGUGUUUCUUUCUAUUCUUUUGCAUUUUCUCUUUCUUUUUUUAUCCAUCUUUUCAUUAUUUUCUAACAUUAUUACGUUUUUCUUUUCAUUAUCCCUUCUUCCUGCAUCUCGUUCUGGCUUUCCUCUUAACGCCUCUACUUACAAUUUAGUUUGGUAUUUUACUCCUUUUCUCUUUCUAUUCAUCUUUUACAGGAUGUUUUCUCUCUUUUUCUCGAUUUAUAUUUUCUUUUUUUUUUUUCUCUAUCUCUCGCUUUCCCCUUUCAUUCUUCUAUCUCUCGCUUUCCCUUUUCAUCCUUCACUAUUUUCUUUUCUUACAUCUUCUUUUCAUCGUAUUUUUAUGAUCACUAAUUCUUCUUCUACUUCUUUUUCUCCUCCUUCUCCUUCUUUUUCUUCUGCUUUUUGUACCCUAAUUUUUACUUCAGUGACUUCAUUUCAUUUUCAAGCAUUCUUUCUCUUUUUCAUUUUCUUCUUCCUCUUCCUCUUUUGUUCGAUUUCUCACCUUUCUUUCUUUCUUUUUUUCUUUCUUUCUUUUUCUUCUCCUCCUCCUUGCCGACAUUUUAAUUUAUUGUUUCUUCAUUUAUUUCUUCUUCGCACUUAUUUUUCUUUCUGCUACUUUUUUCCAUCUUGUUAUUUCUGUCCGUUAACUUUCUUUAUAAAUGUCUUUUGUUAA